UGUUAUACGACAAAUGGAAUUGAAAGAAGUUAGCCCGACGGCGACGAUUGCCAGCUCAUGCUUCUCCACGGAUAACGCUUGCGGCUCCGGUCAGUAGUGGCGGAGCUUCAACGCACAGCUACAGAACCAUAUGAUCCACUAACUGUGGAGUCUCCAACACUGGCGAAGUUCUUCAUCGCAAUUUUACACUUCACCUCUCACUCUCGCGGUGAUCGUUACCUUCCUGUAUUUACUGCUUAGUUCGACGCAUCGCCUUAUUUUGCCGUUCUGGAAACGGAGUAUCGAGGUGAUUUUGCUUCAAAAACUUGUUAGUACGAUUGUCUUGAUGGUUGAUUCUGCUGAAUGUGUCUACUUUUUGGUACGGUAUUGGUGAUUUGAGCUGAAUUAAAGACUGUUAAUUGUUAUUCUUGGGAAUGAAUUCAACCUUCAAACGAAAGAGGAGUCCAUAAGAGAGAUACUUGCUUCUGUUGUUCUCCAUGUAGUGUUCAUGCGGGAGUAGGAUACGAAUUUAAGGAAAUGGAUGUCCAUCAUAGCCCCCAUAGAAAUAGUGUGGAGAAACCAGAAGCCCACAAACCCUUUAACAAGGAUGCCACACCUGGAUAUGAUCUUUGGACAGAUGGGCUUAUUUGCGCUUUUGAAUAUAUUGGAAGACCAAAAAAAGCAACUGAUUCAAAAUCCAAAUCCAAGAUGUCAGAUAGGCGACAAAUGAACAGUGAAUUUCCAACUACGCCUGAACUGAAUAAUGGCAAUGUCAACACACACGAGAGGAAAAGAUCAUUUGAACCUACAUCCCUGGAGGAUGUGAGGACUCAAUGUGGCCAGUUUUGUGAAAGAGAAAAAGUUGAGAGCAAUAGUUGGUUACCUAUAGGAUGGGACAGAAUAUCAGAGCUGGUUCAAACGAUACAAGUAGAGGCUGAAUGGGCCUCAAUGUCAUAUGAUUUUAUGGAUGAAGAAGACGACCUUACAGUUGCAGAUCUUGUCGCACCUUAUUGGAAGCGACCAGCUGGACCUAUAUGGUGGUGCCAUGUCUCUGCAAGCCACCCUUCUGUGGAGGCAUGGCUCAGAACUGCUCACUGGUUGCAUCCUGCCAUCAGUUUGGCUUUAAGAGAUGAAAGUCGACUGAUAAGUGACCGCAUGAAGCAUCUUUUCUAUGAGGUUCCAGUGAGGGUAGCUGGGGGACUGCUAUUUGAACUACUAGGACAAUCUGCUGGUGAUCCAUUCAGUGACGAGGAUGACAUUCCUGUUGUACUUCGUUCUUGGCAAGCUCAGAACUUCUUGAUAACAUCAUUACAUGUUAAAGGACCGAUAUCGAACAUAAACAUUUUAGGCAUCACAGAAGUUCAGGAGCUUCUGAUAAUAGGAGGUUAUAAUGCACCAAGAACAGUGCAUGAAGUUAUAGCACAUCUAGCUUGCCGUCUUACAAGAUGGGAUGAUAGGUUAUUUCGAAAAUCCAUAUUUGGAGCAGCAGAUGAGAUUGAAUUGAAAUUUAUGGACAGGAGAAACCAUGAAGAUAUGCAUCUUUUCAGUAUAAUCUUGAAUCAAGAAAUCAGAAAAUUAUCAAGACAGGUUAUCAGAGUAAAAUGGUCCCUGCAUGCGAGGGAGGAGAUUGUAUAUGAGCUUCUUCAACAUCUACGAGGGUAUGUGACAAAAGGCUUAUUGGAGAGCAUAAGAAAGAGUACUAGGCAAAUGAUUGAAGAGCAAGAAGCAGUUCGUGAUCGUUUAUUCACCAUUCAAGAUGUCAUGCAGAGUAACGUUCGUGCAUGGUUACAGGAUAAAAGCCUCCGAGUAACUCACAACUUGGCUGUUUUUGGUGGCUGUGGCCUUGUUCUUUCCAUUAUAACUGGGCUGUUCGGUAUCAAUGUAGAUGGGAUCCCCGGCGCACAAAAUACACCAUAUGCAUUUGGAAUGUUUACAGCCAUCCUAUUCUUCUUAGGGAUUGCACUGAUGGCAGGGGGGCUGGUUUACCUGGGACUGAAGAAGCCCAUGCCAGACCAAAUGGUUGAAGUCAGGAAGCUAGAACUGGAAGAAUUGGUUAAAAUGUUUCAGCAUGAAGCAGAAACUCAUGCUCAGAUGGCAUCUCCCAUAAAUGGUAAAGAUGGAGCUCAACUUGUUGACGGUGGUAGAUUGUCUAACAACUGCAACAUCCUGACUAUUAGAGAUGCUCAAGGGUGACAUUGUUUGCUUAUUUCUUGGCUAUAAAGAAGAAACGGCCUAUGAAAGGUAUUUGUUCAGCUAAUGCAUAAAUAUUUUAUUAGAGUACAAGCAUAAACAUUCUGUAGUAAAUGUGAACAUAUAUAAUCAAAUAUAAUCCAGUGAGACAUUAUCUCUUUUUCUCUUAAUAAAAUAUGGUAUAGUUUUUUAAA